ACAGCAUUUUUUUGAUUCAAUUCAUCAUUGCCAUAAUCUCAUUAUCAUCAAACGACCAUAUAGCCAUUUUAUUCAGCUUGUCAUCAUAUUAUUUUUUUCUUUUGUUUUAAUUAUUAUUUUGGACAACAAAAGCUUAAUUCCAAUUUACAUGCACAUAUUUUGCUGUUAUAAAAAGUCAUCAAUCGUAAUAAAUUAUUAGAAUAAUAAGAAAUGGGUGAUCAUCAACAACAAGAUCUAAUCGAACAAAUCCGUGAUCAAUUGACCGAAGAUCAACGGAAAAAAUUGUCUCAAUUUAAAGAUAUAUCCGGAAUGAAUGAUUUUGAAUCCUAUCAUAUAUUGCGAGCAAAUGAAUGGAACGUUGAAAUUGCUUUGGAUCUUACCUUGGAAGGAGCUUAUAAUCGCGAUGUCAUUCAGAAUAUGAUACAGCAAUCGAACAGUAAUAACAACGAAGAGCAGCCUGAUACAACAACAUCUUCAUUGAGACGUCGAAAUGUUCCGACACCUCCGUCAUCGUUUUCUUCCACGAGUUUUUCAUCAUCAUCGACAUUAUUGCUUGAUAAUGAUACAAAUACAAGUGCAAUAAAUAACAAUAGAAGUAACAAUAAUAGUAAUAAUGAUAAUGAUAAUGGUCUUCAUAUGGUACUAUGGAAUACGGCUACCUGGAUAUUUAAAUUACCAUUUAUAUUGGUCAUGAAUACCUUGAAUACAUUUUAUGAUUUUUUCAUCUCGAUGAUCUAUCCGACAUUAAAUUAUGAUCCAAAUGGAACAGUCGAACUAUUCAUUCGUGAAUUUGAGGAAAAAUAUGGACAACAACAUCCCACAUUUUUUCGUGGUACUUAUUCCCAAGUAAUCGAACAUGGUAAACGUGAGAUACGUUUCGUAUUAAUCUACAUUCAUUCUCCAUCAUAUCGCGAUAUUGAUAAAUUUUGUACAAACGUUAUUAUCACACAAAAAUUUAUCGAUUUAAUCAAUGGAGAAAAUCUAAUAUUCUGGUCAUGCUCAGUUGAUUAUCCGGAAGGUUAUAAAGCUUAUCAAUCGUUAAAGGUUAAUCAAUAUCCUUUCAUGGCAUUGAUUGGCCUUAAGAAUCACAAAAUGAUUGUAAUGAAAAAAAUCGAAGGCUUCCACAAUGUCGAUACCAUUGUGGCCACUUUACGUACUGCUAUACAAAAUAAUGAAUUUUCCUUGAUGGCUGCCCGUCUUGAUCGUCAGGAACGUGAUAUGGCAAGUUUGAUUCGCGCUCAACAGGAUGCAGCAUUUGAAGAAUCGUUGAAAGCCGAUCAAGAAAAAGAACGCCGUAAACGUGAAGAACGCGAACAAAUUGAACGAAAAGAAUUUCUUGAACGACAACGACAACAAGCUGAAGAGGAACGUAAACAACGGAUAUCAGAUAUGAAGAAAUCAUUGCUCGCAGACAUAUCAACCGAACCGGAUGCUGAUCAAUCGGAUGCAUGGCGUAUAAUGUUCAAACUGCCUAAUGGUACACGCUUAGAGCGCCGGUUUCUCCGUACAGAUCCUGUCAAAUAUCUUUACUAUUAUGUAUUUUGUAAAGAGAUGGAAUUGAUAAAUUUUAAAUUGCGUACAAAUUUUCCUACGCGUGAUCUUCCUGGACAUUCACCAUCAUUCGAUGAUAAUAGAUUGCCUAAUUCAUCGGAUAUGAAUCUGCCAUUAGAACAAUGUAAUCUUGACAAUAAUAUCGUACUAUUUGUACAUGAUUUGGAUUCAUAAAAUUCCAUCUUUUUUGAAUGGAAACACCGUCGUUAAUCCCCGAUACAUUGAUUUUUUUUUAAUAUUCUAAUUGUGAAAAAUACACCCAUAAUUAUAUGAAUACUUAUUGAAAAUGUGGUAAAAAAUUUUACUUUUAUCGUUUA